CUAAAGCAGAUGAAGCUUUGAAGGCCAAAGAGAGAAGUGAAGAAGAAGCCAAAAGAAGAAAGGAAGAAGACCAGGACACCCUAGUGGACCAGGUGAAGCGAGUCAAAGAGAUUGAGGCUAUUGAGAGUGAUUCCUUUGUCCCACAGACAUUCAGAUCUAGUAAGGAAGUCAAAAAGUCAGCAGAACCUCCUGAGCUGCAAUAUGAACCUGUGACCAUUGGAGCAGGAACUGCUGAGGCAUCUGCUCCUGAGAAAGAGCCUCCACCUGCCAAUAUUCCUACUGCCAUCAAGUACCAGGAUGAUAACUCCUUAGCACAUCCAAAUCUGUUCAUUGAGAAGGCAGAAGCUGAGGAGAAGUGGUUCCAGAGGCUGAUUGCUCUCCGGCAGGAGAGGCUGAUGGGCAGCCCCGUGGCCUGA